CAUAUCUUCCCGGAUUGCUGCUUUUGAGUUAGUGUUGACUGACUCUGCGUACUUGACGGGGCACAUGGCCUACUUCUUACAAGUGCCGCGAUUCUUAAAUAGAAAGGCAUCGCAUCGCAUUGAUUCAUCCACAAGUUGACGCACACAGUAGUUCUCCACCACUGCUUUCAUGGAUACCGACAGCCCUGCCUCAUCGAUGGACGCUACAAUGGGCCAACCUGCGCUCACCGUCGAGGACCAGCCAGCGGCAGAUUUCUCCCCCUCAUCCUCCAACAAGACCAAGUCCAUCGACAUCGACAUCGACAUCGACUUGUCGCCGGCCAAGGUAAACCCACAGGACCAAUCCAUCCUCUACCACACCCUCCCCCUCGAACUCCGCCGCCAAAUCUUCAUCGCCUACUUCACAUCAUACUCACACCCCUCCAAACCCUACCGAUUCCUUUCCUAUUACUACCGCCCAGGUCAUACGGCGCCCAAGUGCACCGACGUUGCGCUGUUGAGGGUGUGCAGGAGGGUGUACGCGGAGGCGCGGGAGCUCGUCUGGCAUAAGGAUACGGGGAACGGUGAAGAGUCGUUUUGGAUCGGGAGCGCUGAGAGGAGGCCUAGGAGUCAUCGGUUAGAGUUUGGAGGAGGGGAGCGUUAUCAUUGGGACUCGGAUGUGCAGGUAGACCCGGAGGAGGAGGCUAGUCAGUUUCUGGAUGAUGUUGCGGGAUGGGAAAUAAACGACGAAGACAUACACGUUGGGGAGAUGUGGGACCAGCUCGCCCAGUCUCACACUUCAAUCGCAGGGGAUCCCGCUGUUGGCCAGGUCGCAGAAGAGCUGUUGGCGGGGGGUCCGGACGUGCCGAUGUUCUUAGGCCAUUUGGAUGCCGAAGCCUCUGACGAGGUGGUGGUGGCCGACGAACCCGACGCCUCUGUGAGUGGUGCGUCGGACCAGAUGGGCGACGGUGGUAGUCCUUCUGUGGAUUUUGUCGAGGAAGACGGGGACGGCUGGGCCACUGAGGAGGAGGCACAAUUCACCGACUCUGACGCCGAUGACUCUGAUUCGGGCAGCGCUCUCUACGCUGAUGGUUUCAUCGACGUUGACCACGACGACGCCAUCUUCGACGAUAUUAGCGACAACCUGAACAUCAUCGGCCACUACGAUAUAAUCAUGGACCUCCACUCCAUCGACCACCCCCGCCAAUCGCGUCGAACGUCCCUGUUCACUCCAUCCCAGUGGUCCAAAAUCACCAAAAUCCAGAUCUUCCCCCAGAUGUACGCCUGUAAAUCCUACGAAUUCGCCGCCUUCUUCACGUCGGUACCUGAGCUCCAACCGAAGACCGUCGUGAUCACGAUACGGUACACAGACUGGUGGUGGUGGGAGCGCGACAAUGCCUUGGACUUGACCAUCGCACCCCCUUCAACAGAGAUGUACUUCCCACCCAGCGUCGAGACGCUCGUUCUGGAGCUAGAGACGAUCGAGAAGAAAAAGGGCGAGCUUGAGGCGCAUAUUCGGGAUGUGAUUCGGGGGAAGGAGGGUUGGAAGUGGAAGAGGUUUGAUGGAGAGUGCUUGGAGCUUGAUGUGGGUGACCUGUCGGAGGACGAGGCUUUGAAGAGGAUGGCUCAGUGGGAGUGGAUGGGGCCGACGAAGUUUAAUGGUGCGAAUGGGCCUGGAUAUGAGCAUCAUCCGGAGGGGAACGAAAUGAAGUAUAUUGUGCGAGCGCUCAUUUUUAAAGCAUUGCCCUCGAAGGAGGGACUGGAAAAGAUUCCUGAGGUGGCCACCGAGGGAAAAGUGUAA